AUGGCCCCCAAACUUGAAACAAGACCUAAGCCGAAGCCGAAGCCGCAGCAAAAGGCCGAUGUGCUCUCCAACCCCGUGGGCGGCAUCCCUGUUGAUCCAGGGCAGCCAAUUCCCAAGCGACGGGAUAUCCGCGAAUGGUCCCAGUCGACCAAGAUUGAGGACCAAAUUCAAAAGUCCUUGUAUAUUCGGGCCUUGAAGGAGUUGCAGGAGCGAGAUAAUCUGAAUGACCCGUUCUCGUUCUUUCAACUUGGUACAAUUCACUGGAAACCGUUUGUUGCGUGGAACUCAGACCCGAAAUAUAACAAAGAUGCUGGGGGUUACUGUGCGCAUGCAACUUAUGCCUUCCCGACAUGGCAUAGGGUGUACGUGAUCGUCUAUGAGAAAGCACUCUAUGAUGUUAUGUCUAGCAUUGUGGCUGGAAUUCAAGAUGAGCCCGGUGUUGAUAUACAGGCUUGGAAGGAUGCGGCCAAGUUGUGGAGACAUCCCUACUGGGACUGGGCCGAUCCCAAGGUUGAUCCCAUGGACAUCGUACCCCAGCUCGUGAGAGAUGCCCGUGUCUCGGUUUUACUACCAGGCAGCACGACCGACUAUGAAACCAUUCAUCCAAAUCCCCUUCACAAGUUCACGAACAAAGUCUGGGUGGACGGACACCUCAACCCCGUUAAGCCGGGUCAGGGCCAGCUGGUUAAGUUGGCGAUGAACGAUGACAGAAUGGGAGAUUAUAAGCUCGAGUUAGUCAACGAGGACGGACCCGCCGGCAUCAAGGAUAUUUUCAACGAAUGCUACGGCACAAGCCGCCACGGAGACCCUAGUUCACCAGAAUGGGUAAAUGGGGUUGAGAACGACGAUUUGGUGGGCCAGACUUUUAAAGACAAUGCAUACAUCCCAGGUAUUCCUGACGAGAACUUCACGGAUGCUACGGUCGCCACAAACCUUUAUAGACUUCUCUUGCCUACCAAGGAUCAGUCUUAUGAGUCAUUUUCGUCCACCCUCAACUAUAACCCGGACACAAAUCCCGGGGAUUAUCUGUCCUUGGAGUCUAUUCACAACAACAUCCAUUUCCGGACGGGCUCGGGUGGUGGUUCCAACAGUAAUGGCCACAUGUCCCUACCCGAAGUAGCGGGUUUUGACCCGAUCUUUUUCCUCCAUCACAGCAACGUGGAUCGGAUCCUGGCCAUGUGGCAGGUGCUCAACCCCGGUAAGUGGAUCCAGGCGUCUUACGACGAUGUCCAGGUUACUGGACCCAACACGCUCGGGGACCCCUUGUACCCGUUCUACAAGGACACAUUGCAAACGGCCUGGACCUCUGCGGAUGUUCAAGACUGGCACACUCUCGGCUACACGUAUGCCGAAUGUGACCUUGGCUCGGAUGGGUUGAAAACGUUCAUCGAAUCCACAUACAACGUCACAAAAAACCUGCAGCACGCAGCGGGCAAGGUCCUUGGUGUUGGCAGAAAUGGACACUACGACUAUAUUGUUAAUGUCGAUUACGAUCGAUAUGCCCUGGACGGCCAUUCAUAUGCCAUUCAUCUUUACCUGGAAGAUGCUGCCGGAAAGAAAUGGAACCUCGACGACGUGUACACAUUCAGUGCUCCGCUGGAAGAGGCCGGAUCGGUCUCCUGCGGCAACUGCAAGUCGCAAAAAGACGCCGGAUUACUCUCCCGAGCCCAAGUACCUAUAACCGUUCAGCUGUUUACCCUGUUGACGGAACAGUCAUUGGGGUAUGCAAGCGGCCUUCCUGCAAACUCUCAGCCAAGUAUCGAGCCUGGUGUUGUGGAGGAGCUGUUGAAGGAUCAGCUCCAGUGGUCUGUUGUUUCGUAUGAGGGUAAUGAGUAUGACCCCGGUGACAUGCCGGGUCUGAAGGUCACCGUCCAGCACGCCAUUGCGCGUAUCCCCCAGGGCACGGAGGAUAGCCCUGCUCCUCUCUCGUUGACCAUGGAGAAGUAUCAGCCUUUGUGGUCGGCCACGCAUGGCAAAGCGGCGGGCGCGAGGGAUCCGACUCUGAUUUAG